AUGCCGCGCGCUCCGCCCAGUGAUAAGGAGCAGAAACUUAUGGAAAUCAUAUUGCAAGCAGGGGAGGCGCGUAUUGUACCGUUGUUAGCUUGUAUCAAAGGAUGGACGCUGGAGUCGCAAGCAGACUUAGCAAAUUGGCGUCCGGUGCUGUCAAAGCUGCACAAACUGCUAUUAGGAGCGCUACAGCAGUGCCCACGUCUUCUUUUGAUUUCGGUGGAACUGGAGAAGACAGACUUCUCAAUUACGAUGCAAACAGAGCGGGAAUUCACUGAGCUAGUGUACGAAAUUCUGAAGUUCUUAGGUUUUUUGCUGGAAAACGCUUCAAAUAAGGCUGUAUAUUCAUCAACUGAGCCUAUUAUGGCUCUGCUUGCAGCUAGAAACGAACGUGUAGUCUUUGAAGCCACGAAAGUAGUAGCUAUGCUGGCACUGCCCCUGCAAGUGCAUCGAUACGCUGCAGAUCGCACGAAUUUCGUCGAGAGUGCGGUUGGUAGAAAUAAUCUAUUGCGACGUAGGCUGCUUAUGGUGGUUCAAGGUAAGGGAGCGCCUAAAAGCAGCUCAGAAGUGCUCGAUUAUUUGAACACACGAAGUACUGCUCCAACCCAGGACGUAAAAUUUCAUUUUUACAGCUCAGGAGAGGACGCAACAUCUCAAGGCAUCAGUGUAAUCAUCCCGCCAUAUGAAGAAGUGAUAGCAACUGCACCAUUUACAUUGGAAGCUGCAUGUGCAGCGGCGACGGCGUGUGAGGAUCUGAUAGAUAAGUACAAAAUACCUGAAAGACUACAAUUUCAGCUUUUUACACAAAUACGAGCGCAUUAUGCUUCCCGCAGUGCGUUGACGCGCGAAAACUUGGUGGUGGAACGAUUAUACGCGCUGCUUGCUCUAUUUUCGCUGUUCAGCGAUGCGUGGGAUGUGACAAAUUACGUGGAGCAGCACCCAGAGCUUACGCGGGGGAUUGUAGAGCUUAUUCGUGUUGAAAGUGUAGACAGAGUCCCUGUGCGCGUACGCGUCACAGCGUUGUCUGUCCUUACAGCAUUAGUGAACGAUCGAGCUGGUAGAGCUGGUGGUAGGGGCCUGCUGGGCCGUCAAUCUAACGUAUUGCAGGCUUUGGGCGUUGUAAAAGGGACACCACACGGCGUGUUCCCGUCGCUCGUGCGCUUUUGCACAGCUGAACUGGGCGAUAUUCUAACGCUCAGCACCCAAACGACAAGCUAUGGAUCCUCUUCGCUGAUUCCUAUCGCAUCAGAAGCAUCGGACCAAGAUAUGGAUAUGAGCCUGGCAGUCGCGUUCGUGCAAGCAACGACGGAUUUGCUGUCUUCCCAGGAAGCUGAGGUGGUCGGCGCUUCACCUUUCCGAAGUUGUGGCAGUGGGAGCAUCUUAGAGGCAAAAUUGUACUGGAUGGAGGCCGUGCUAGCACUGCUUUCCGCGGUAGUGGCUGUUCAGUCUGGGGCUGUUGUUCUUACGGAAAAUGGUAUCGUUCCCGCACUUCUGCACGCCAUAACAAUGCCAUCAUUGAGUGCGUUCCAUAGGGCCGUGACCACUCAGUGUGUUCAAGCACUGGAAAUUACCGUCAGCAGCCACUCUGCAGCCGCUGCGUUGUACCGUGACUUGAAUGGAGUCGGAAUUCUUGUUGACCGGCUAAAGAUGGAGUGCUUCAAUACCGGUAAUUCCGAAGAGAGUAGGACGCACUUGUCACUAAAGUCAGAAACAAAAGCAGCGCUGGUUUUAGCCAUUUUAGCAUCGCUAUCAAUGUCAUUUCAUUCUCAAGGUGUGAUGAGCGCAGGUGGAACAAGCCGCGCAAUUCGUGAAGGAAGCACUCUAAGUAAGGUUUUAUUUCAGCUCUUGACCCAUGUGGACAUCUUUGGACCUGUCGUCUUUGCGCAAGCGGCUAUCGUAGUUUCUGAUAUUAUAAACAACGAUCCAGGCAGUGUGAAUCAUGUACAUGCUGCUGGAUUGGCUGAAGCAUUUUUGAAGACAUUGACACGAUGGGACAUAGCUGAGUUAUAUCCGCUUCGAAUUUUAAUGCCAUUAUCCAGUGAAUUUCUGACGGCGGUACCAACGGUGCUAAAUGCUUUAUGCCUUACAACUGCACACGCGGAGAGGGUGGCUAAGUAUGAGCCGCUGAUGCAUCUUCUGGAUCUUUUUGCGCUUCCACAAUACACUGAAGAUGAAGACAAAGACUUUUGCUUUCGAGGAGAUACAGCAGCUGUUGUUGGUACUGGGGUAUUCGAGCUUAUGCGCCAUGUGCCAAGUUUUCAAAAUGCAGCUAUCGAUGCUGCAGUACAUGCUGUAAGAAAAGUGAUUCAAUUUGGCGAAGAAAGCUCUUCAUGGACGAAUCCUAAAUAUAUCGGAGAUAAGGCCAAUAGUAUUCUCGUACGCAUGGCGACACAUGUGUCGGAUUUGAUGGAGCCUUUGCUAUCGAAGUCAGAGUACGCAGCAUAUUUUGCAGACCGUGGGGGCGUUCGUUUGCUCAUAGCGCUUUAUCAGUUGAUUUUACCAAGCACUUCAUUGUUUUUAACAAGUGCUUUACCGAACGACAAAGACGCCACGGAAGCUCUGCAUGAAAACUCGCUGGCGCAUAAUUCGGCGGUGCAAUCGCUAACUCUUGCACUUCGUUCAUAUGCGGCCCAGCAGCCUACCAAUCUACUUAUGACUAUCACUAAGGAGCUGGGCUUUCAGAUGGAUAAUCUACAGCGUUCUCGUGCACAAAUUGGAUUACCUUGGCUUUUAAGCGAAAGUGGUGAAGGUGCCGAGAAGGUGCUAAGCUCGUUGCCGGAUGUUGAUUUGACUAUGUUAGUUAGUGGUAAUGAUAUGAGCUGUACUUCAGUCUCUCUGGCGGACAAAGUUAUGAAUGUAGGAGAAUAUCUUCGCAUUCUCGCAACUCUACAGUGGCUUGCCUCAAUGCUCGAUACCGCACUGUCUCCACUUCGGGCGGCUGCUGGUUGA